UCCCUAUUAAACAGCGAUAAGAGACACCAACAACUAACUCACGACGGUACGGAUAAUACAAGAUUUACCACGAAAAACCAUACUCCUUGAAUUAAGAAAAAAAGAAAAAGAAAAUGAAAUCCAAGAAAAAUGCAUUCAAACAAACAUGGAAAUAAACAAAUAACAUAAAAACUAGUGAAAGACGCAAUGUGAAGAGAAUUGAAAGCGAACAUGUAGUGCGUAUAAUCAAAAUGAAUGAAUUUUGUGUGAUGGCGGCGUAGAAGGAAGAAUAAAUAGUUGGAUGGCUUGCAAGCAAAUAAUAAAAGAAAACAACAAAAAGAAAGAAUAGAGUGGAGUAUUGCUCGAAGUGUGUGACAUCGUCGUCGUCGAUGAGACGACGAAAAAAGUGAUUAAAACAAAAAAGUGAAAACUUGAAAAGUUACUUUUUUAUUUGGUGGGGAUUUGCUUUGAAGUGGUUUGCUUGUUUAUUUUUGUCGUUGUUGUUGUUCCCCAUUGACGUCGCCGCCAACGUUUGCGUUGUUGUGAACUAUAACGUCGCUGCCGCCGUUGUCAUUUGUUGUCUUUGGUGUGUGUGUGUUGUGUAUGGCGGCUGCCUCUGUGUGUUUGAUGCGCACAAACACUGUUAAACGUAAACAUGUCCGUUCGCCGUCGCCGCACGCUCUCGCUGACUGCCUGGCUGACUCGUUUAGUUGGUGUGCCAUGUCGUUUCAGUUUUUGAUUUCGUGUUUGUGCUAAAACAACAAAGCCGUCGCAAUUUUGCAACAUAUAGUCAGUGAGUGAGGUUGUAUCUCUACUGCAGCCCUCCCUAAUGCCCCUCUCCCACACUCAAUUACUCUGAUUGAGGGGCCACAACACAACAUUGUUGUUGUACGUUCUGUGUGUCAAAAAGCAAAAAAAAAAAAAAAGAAACGAAAAAAAUAAGGAAUCUGUGAUUUUUAUUUCCAAAGAAUUCUAAGAAAUUUUGAAUGUUGGAAUUGGAAAAAAAGGUUUGCCAAGAAUAAGAAGAAUACAAAAGCAAAGAAAAAGAUAAAAGUUUAACCAGAAAAGAAUCAUCCUUAAAGUUUCUCCCCCCGCGAUACUUUUUGUUUGUGCUCCACUGCAUACAAAUGAAAAAAGGAGUUUGUGUGUGUGUGAAUCUGUGUUUAUUUCGUGUUCGGUUGAAAAAAAGGGUUCCUCGAAAAGAUAAAAUAAACAAAAAAAGAAAUACCUAACCUACCAAAGGAAUAAAAGAAAAGAGUUGAAAAUAACAAGCAGAAAAACAAGUUGAUUCUGAGGCACGGGGAAAAAAAUGCACAACAACAACAAGUGAGAAAAUUUCAUAAGAAAUGCAUCCAUAAGGAAGUGCAAAAGCAAAUUGUAAAGCCGCGCGCCAGUUAGACGAAGAAAUCCAAUCGGUUCGAAAGUAAGCGAAUAGUUGGCCGGUCGCCGCGCCAAUCGUUUGUAGUGCUGGCGUGAAGAACAAGAGAACCCCAUUGCCCCGACGCCAUCUCGAAAAUUCCAAAUAACUUUUUUAAACUAUAAAAUUGUGAAAAAUGACCCAUAAAUUUUAAUUAAAAAAAAACAACCACAAGUGAAAAAAAGAAUGUUUUUAAAUGUUCCAUACAACAGAAGCAACAACAACAACUGAUUAAUUAUGUCAUGUUAUAUGCAAAGAAUCUCCAUUUAAAAUUGUGCGUUGAAAAAUUCAAUAAAAAUUGUAUGUCAGCAGCAGUACGGGAAAACAUGUGAAACUGCUUACAAAGGGGCAGAAACCCCCCUCCAGCAUCGCCACGUCCGUUUUUGGAGUUUUAUAGAAAGUUCUAACGAAAUGCAAUUUUUCUGUAUGGUUUUUGCAAUUGUGUGUGGUUUCCUGUAUCCGUCAGAUAAAUAAAUAAAUUUUAUGUUCAAGAAAAAAAGUUGAAAAACAAAGCAAAGGGAAAAAAGUGAAAAGAUUUUUUUGUGAAAAAAGUAUGUGAAAAUCAAAAAAGCUAAAAAUAUGUGAAUUCCUCAAACGUUUGAAAUUUCUCACAAGAAUACUCUCUCUUCAUCAAGAAAGGGGUGAUAAUGGAAAUAUACCUACAAAAAUACUUGAAAUACGUUCCUUAAAAAUGUUUUGAAAAAAUAAAAAUUAAUAUCAAUAAGAAAAAUAAAAAAGUCAAAAAUACCGUGCGACUUAAAUCCGCAAAGCAACAACAUCAAAAAAGAAAAAAAUUAACAACAAAACCGUCGAAAAAAAUUAAAAGCCUAGCUUUUUUGUUGAAAUCAACAGGUGCCAAUCGAUUUUAAAUGGCAUCAUUCAAUACCAGUUCUCAGUCCAGCUCCUCCCAACACCAACAACAGCAUCAGCCACAACAACAUCAUUCUCAACAUCAUCAUCAUCAUCAUCACUCAGGCGCAAAUCAUUCCAAUGGCGGUGCUACUGAUGUCUUAAAUUCCACAACUCUGGGUGCAGCCGGCGGUCCUAAUACUCAAACACAUGCCUCAAAUCACCACUCUCCGUUUUCCGUCGGCCAUCAUCCGUCGUCGUCGACUUCGUUGCAUCACAACACAAUUGCUGCCGCCCACCACCAACAGCAGCAGCAGCAGCAACAACAUUUUGAACGUUCCAGUUCCUCGACGACCACAACUUUUCUAGUGCCAGUCACCUCUUCGGGUCUGGCCCCACUUGUCGACACUUCUACCUUCCUAACGGCAGCUGCGGCUUCGCCUCACUUCGUUACCUCUUCACCGGUCACUUUCAGCUCACCGCAUGCUCCGAAUGUGGGUGCUGCCUCAUCGUCCACCUCAUCGUCGUCGUACACGUUUGUCCAGAUCAAACGUGAACCCUGUCAAGUUUCGGAAGUGACAACAUCCAAUAAUCAUCAGCAGCAGCAUCACCAACAACAUCAUCAUCAGCAGCAGCAGCAUCACCAACAACAUCAUCAUAAGCAGCAGCAACAUCAACAACAUCAUCAUACAAUCGGUUCCUUGACAUCGGCGGCGAAGACUAUGUCCUCGUCGACCCUGACGACCCUGGUGAAAAUUGAAGCAUCCUCUCCAAAAAUCCACGAAAUGGAUAAGGCUGGUCAUAUGACAUCGGCGGCGUCGGCGGCGGGUGCUGGCAACAUGGUGAAUAGUUCAAAUAAUACUGUGCCAAUUGGCAUUGCCGUCGCCCGCAAACGGCCACAGGAAACAACGGCACCGCCACCACCUGGUCCUCCGCCUUCUUUAACGAGUUCCUCCACAUUGCCUUUGUCGCAGCAACUUAAUAAGGAUAUGAAUUGUUUUGGUAUUCGAGUAGCUGAUUUAGGUGGAGUUGGCACCGGUUGUGGCAAUUUCUAUUUUACCGGAAAUGGUGAUUUAAUGACCAGUUCAGCCACUGCAGAUGAGUUGGCAUUGAAUGCGGCUAGUUUGCAGCAAAGUGUUAAUCGGGCCUCGUCAACAUUUUGGCAAUAUCCAAAUGCGCUUCCCAUAGAAUCCGUGAUUUCGAUGUCACCCGCCACUGUAGGUUUACAAUACUCGCGAGAGGCAAGUCGUGGCCAAGUUGUUCUAUUGCCAGCAACCGCAACGUCUUUAGUCCAAGGAUUAUCAAAUUCAAUUCCAAUUCUAUGUACACCCACAGAUCCCUUCCAACAGGCGGCCGCAGCGGCCUUUGUCUGGCCCUCCUACCUACAGCAGGGCACAGCGCCGGCCACUUUACAACCGCCGCCCAAUUUCAUAUUUCCCUCCAUGAGUCCGCACUCGACACUGCAAGCGGCAGCAGCAGCCCAACCCUAUGCUACGUCCUUGCAGUUUCUGGGCUCGAAUUAUCUAACGGCAGCGGCGGCGGCAGCAGCAGCUGCUGCAGCCACAUCCACCCUGUGCCAGCAUAAUCAGCAGACGAACAGCACCAGUAGUUCGAUAAAUUUAAGUUUAGGUGGUAGUGUUGUAUCGGGCGCUGCCUCCGGCACCACACUCAGUUCGUCCUCCAGCAGUUCGUCGACCACAACCCGCUUUAUGAGUUUGGCCACGGCAAGCACAGGACCGCCGCCGGGUAUAAAUGAUACGGGUCAGGUAAUAAAGACAGCCGGAAGUCAGACAACGAAAACGUUGGCCAAUGCAUCUGGACCGCAUGCCACCUUAGCUUUAGCUUCAGCACCAGCCUCACUAAUGGCAGCGUCUUCACACCCGCCGACCAUACCACCACCGCCGCCCCAUCCAUUGUUAAUACCUCCAUCGGCAUUGAAAUUGGAAGAUUGGAGUGGUGGUGGGGAUUUUAUGGCAGCGGCCGCCUCCAAGACAACGACCACAACAAUGACGGCAUCAGCCACACUGGGUGUGCCAGCAAUUCCGCCACCGCCCGCUCAUUUCCUUGAUGGUCGUGACAAACUGGCCAAUUCAAAUGCAACGAAUCUGUUGGAAUUACCUGCGUCCACAACUCAAGCUUUAAAUCUGAUGCGUUUGCCCACACCACCAGCCUCGGCCACAAUGGAAACGGCAGCCGCAGCAGCGGCGGCGGCUGCAGCGGGUACUCCUCAACUACCACCGCUAUUGUUUCAUGCGGCAGCUUCCACAUCCUCACCCACGCCAGCAUUGCUCAAUCUUUCGGCCACCCUAAAUCGUGUGGCCGCCUCCUGUGCCAGUGUCCCGACCACCAAUAGCAGCAGCAUCACCACCACCACUACGCCGCAAGUUAGUGUUAGCCUGGCAACAAAUACAAAUUUUCUCAGUACCCCCACCACAAUGGCGUCCACCAACAAUGCUAACAACAACACACCUAUCGAUGGACCUCCCACACCCUUGGGCGAUGAUAUGGCCUUAAAUUUCAAAUCAAAUUUGGAUGGAACGCCACCCCAAAUCGUUGUGGGAGUUCCAAGAAUUGUAAAUCCAGUGCUUCCUCCCACAACCAUUCCAUCAGCAGUUGCCACCACCACCAACAACAACAACAAUCCCCCUAAUGCCCCACCCCAAAUGCAAGAUGUCAACAUACAAACCGAUACACCGGUGUGCAGUGAAGAUGAAAACUCCUCAUGUCCCCUGAAUCAAUCAUCCCAGCUUCCCAACUCUAGUUCCAUGGAACCCUGCACCACGGCCCAGUGUACGCCACCGUUAACACAAAACGAUGAACUGUACCAUGAUGCAGAGGCCCAGGAGCCACUGGAAUUGACUAAAACCCAAAGGCCGAACACAACCAGUCCCAGGGUGGAAAGUUCCACAACUUUGCGGCCCGAUGAAGAUCAGGAUGCCGAUGCAGAUAACGUCCACAAUGAGGAACAAAGAAUGGCGGCAGACCAGGAGGAACUGGAGCAACAGCAGAACUAUCAAUUGAAAACGGCUUUAAAGGCCGACUGUCCAGAAUUGCAGGAGGAAUUCAAAGAUGGGCGUCAAACCUCUGUGACACCGGCUCUGAUAAGCAGCAGCACAACAGCGGCGGGAACGACAGCAACUGCAACAAUGCCGGUGCGCCAAGAGGACUUAACCGGUCUGGAGCUGUUGUCAAACAUCAGCACCAGUAACCUGGUGAAGAGUGGUGCGUGUCUACGCGUCAAACAAGAACCCCUGGAUCCAAUAAUCGAUCAAAAUAUGUGCCAUGCUACAGCUGAACCCCCUUAUUCCACCACGGUAAUGGAAUCAAAUUCCUACAACCCACUGGCGGAUACUCAAGCUACAAACUGUGACCAACUACAUACGGGAGUUUUAAACUCCAACCAUGAACAUUAUAACCCCGCCGCCCCCACUUCGCCCCUACCCCAACAUCAACAGCAGCAGCAACAACAGCUCACGGCAUCUUCACCUCCCAUCCAGCAGAAUGAGGUGGAACCGCUGGGUGGCCUCAAACUAUUAUGUGCUCUGGCCGAACAACGCAUACAGGAGGAAGAAGAAGUCCAAAGUAGCAGUGUUGUUGUCAGCCUACAUCCGAAUGCCGCAAAUGGCUUCUAUCGUCCCACUUCCAAUGAUUCACCUCACAGCUUUGCCUCUACCUCUACAAACUUCCCUCAAAGUUCUACGGGUUUUGUAAAACCAGCUUCCGCCAGCUUCCAAGUGGACUCACAAAACUCCAGCUUUCCCUCCAUGGAUACGCUGGAGCUACCCUCCACCAGUGGUACUUGUUAUGCCAGUCAUGCCAACAGCUCUGAGCUUCUCGACAUACCCGUCAAACGUAAGAAGCACAAACAUUCCAAACACUCAUCGAAAUCAUCCUCUUCCAAUUCCAACGGCGGCGGCGGCAGCAGCAGCAAGAAAUCUCAAAAAUGUGGCAAGAAAAACAAAAAGAAAUACUCCAAGGAGAAGAAACGCCACAAAAUGCUCGCAGCAGCUGCAGAGGUGCAGGCCAGUGACUUGGAUUUCGAUGAUCCGCAGCUGCAACAGGAGCUGCAGAAUGCCUUCCAGAAUUGUGUUGAUCCCAAUUACCAGCGCAUGGGUGGCAAAUGGCCUACGCCCCAGGAAAUCUUUAGCAAACUGGAGAGCAGCAUGCGCAUGCGUCUGGCCGACAUCACGAGGCAGUACCGCAAAAAGAAACGUAAGCUGGAUGAAAUAUCCAAGAACAAGAAAAAGAAGAAAUGUUCCAAGCUGCAGGCGGCCACCCAACAGCUAUCUUUGGUGGGUAAUUCCACUCUCUCCCUGGUAGCCGCCGCCGGUGAGCGAGCUGGGGCCACUACCACCUCGUCGCUGACAUCCGCACCCCUGUGUGAUUAUAAAUUUGGUAAUUUUUCAACAAAAACCUCUACGACAUGUUCGACGACCACCAAUUAUCUGGCGCCCUCCAGCUUUAUACGCUUUGCCACCGAUUCUAGCAAGUCGGCCAGCCAUCACCACCACCACCACAACCAUCCUCAAUUCCCACCACCUCCCGAAGUAGAAUUAGAAAAUGAUAAUACCACCUCCACAGCCACCUCCAAUCCAAACAGCAAUCUAAAUAGUACCGCCAUCUACAAGCCGCUUCGGCUGGAGCCCAGCUGUCUGGCAGCAGCUGCCACAAGUGAACAGCAGCAGCAUCAGAGGUCCUCCAACACAACUAGUGUCCUAAGGCUAGCCCAAAAACAUGCCUCCUCCGAGAAGCUGUGCCAUGUGAUUGUCUGCAAAGAACGCAAGCUGGGCAGUUCACAGUCUUCAAGACGUUCCAGUGGUGCUGAAGAGGACGAAGUGGAGGAAGACAAUCACGACGACAAUCUUCACCAGUCCAGCAGUGAUAAUCACAAUGGACAUCGUUCCAUGUCAACGGACACUGAAAGUGCUUUGCAGCAGGCGCCUUCAAAAUCCACCACCACCACAUCAUCGACAUCUUCCUCGUCGUCGUCGACGUCAUCCGGCGCCUCUUCCAUGCGAAAAAUGAAUCCAAUCGAUCGAACGCUUAUGUUAACCCAGGAUCAUUUGUUCCGCAAGGAGACACGAGUACUUACCGAUAUGGGUGGUCUAUUCUAUGCUGGCAUCAUGAAACCGCUCCAGCCACCAGAUGUCUAUGCCAUAACUUUGGACGGUGAGAGAGGCAAUAAAUCGCAUAUUAUGUCCCGCGAGGAGAUUUUCAAGGAUACGAUUUUGGAAGUUGCACCCAAGACGGUGGAUGAUGUACCUGUGGGAACGCGUCUCUGUGCCUAUUGGAGUCAACAGUAUCGUUGCCUAUACCCGGGACGGGCCAUUGAAAGUGAGUCUUCCGAUGAUGAUGUGACGUCACAAGAAUUUGUUAGUGUGGAGUUCGAUGAUGGCGACAGCGGCCGGAUCCGCUUACAGAAUAUAAGAUAUCUGCUCAGUGAUUAUCCCAUUGUUGAGUACAACGAUAAUCCCCUCUACUCUUUAGGCAAACAAAAGAAAGCCAAUGCUAAUAAAACCACAAACAAUAAUGAUUCAGAUCACCAUCAACGUCGCGAUGCUGCGACGGCCGCCACAGCCGAUAAUGGCCGGGAUGAUGAGCGGCGCAUAACCAGCAAUGGAUCCCAUCGUGACUAUCACCAGGCGAAUGCAAUGGAAAUCUUUGCCGCCAAGCGUAGCGAGAAGAAGCGUAACAAGAGUCUAAAGAAGAAAGCCCAGCAGAUUGUGGUGGUCAGCACAACAAAUGGUGUGGGUGGGGGUGCUGCCACAAAUGUAUCCUCAUCAUCUGCCGUCGUUACCGCCACCACCACCACCACACUGACUUUGGCAGCAGUGGGAGCAUCAUCGUCCAUGGAAUCCACUGAAAGUUUGCGUAAACACCACAAGCACAAGAAGCGCAAGAAACACAAGAAGCAUCGUAAAAAUCUCAUGGAAAUCGGCAUCGUUUCGGAAAUGGAGAAAAAGUUCAGUACAUCAGCGGCCACAUCGUUUGGCAAGAAAAGUGAACGCACAACAAAAGAGGAAACAACCCCGUCCAAGCAUAAACAGCAACGACGACAUAUUCCUCCUCAACAUAUUCUCAGUGAGAGCAGCGGAUACACCGCCAGCAAUGGCAAACAAAAGCUGGAGAAUGGCGGAGACUAUAAACUCUAUCAGAACAAUACUCAAAAUGAAGAUGCUCAAUUACGGGCCACGCCAGAAGACGAUCAGGAUGAUGGCGAGGGAGCAGAAGAGGAAGAAGAACAGGCUCAGCCGAACGAAGAAGACGAAGAAGAGGAUGAGGAGGAGGAGGAAGAGGACGAAGCAGAAGAGGAUGACAACAUGAAUCUGUCACACAUUAAACGUGAAUCCAGCAAUAAUCACCAACGACAUCAUCAGCAUCACAGCCCGGCGUUGGCAGCAACACCACAACAAAGUGUCAAAGUCAAAACUGAACACCUGGAAAUGGAAGAGGAGGAGAGCACUUCCAAUCUAAUGUCGGAAGUUUCUGAUGAGGCUAAGGCUGAUGACAUGGUCGAACACAACAGUUCCAAGGGUAGUAAAAUUGCCGCCUUCCUACCCGACCGCCAGUUAUGGGGCUGGCUGGGCACAGCCUAUUGCAAGUCUGGCAGCAAGGGUACAAAGGGCCGCAUUCGCAAGCAAUUUUAUAAGACAAUUAAGAGGGGAAAAGAAACAAUAACUGUUGGGGAUUGUGCAGUAUUUUUAUCAACUGGACGACCGGAUCGUCCCUAUAUUGGACGCAUCGAAUCAAUGUGGGAGAAUUCAUGCAAUAAUAAAAUUGUGCGUGUGCGAUGGUUUUAUCAUCCCGAAGAGACAACGGGAUGUCCAAAAUUGAAAUUCCCAGGUGCUCUCUUCGAAUCGCCGCAUGAGGAUGAAAACGAUGUACAAACAAUAUCACAUCGCUGUGAAGUUUUACAAUUUGCUCGCUAUUUUAAUAAGUUCGGAGCAGAUUCAAAGCAAUAUCAAUCGAUAUACGAUAAUAAUGAUACAUAUUAUUUAGCCGGGUAUUAUAAUCCAAGAUUACAAGUCCUGAAACUACAAGAUAAUAUUCCAACUCUCGAAGAGCAACAACAGCAACAGCAACAGCUGCAAAUGCAAAUGCAAAAGCAACAAAUGCAGCCACAAAAUAACACAACAACUGUUAAUACUAAUCACACAAAUAUUACUAAUAAUUAACUUAAUUAAUUAUAAUUAAAUAAAAAAAGCAAAAAAAAAAGAAAAAGAAAAUUCGGAAUAAAACAUAAAUGAUUUUAUUAUAAAUAUAUUAAAAAAGAGAGAAACAAAAAAAAAGAAAUUACAUAUUCUAUAUAUACAUAUAUAUACAAAUUAUGAUUAUAUACAGAUUAAAUUUAAACUAUAUACAAACAAAUAAUAUGUAUAUGUAUACAAAAACAACAACAACAACAGCAACAACAAAUGAGAUGAGAAGAUGAAGAAAUCACAACCACAUGUUUAACACAACAGCAUACUUACUAAAACCAACCACAGCAACAACAACAACUUACUUCUAUAUACUUAUAAAUAUAUAAAUAAUCAGAUUUAUAUAUACAUACAACAAAACAUACAUAUAUAUAUAUAUAUAUA